AUGGAAACACCUAAAGAGAGCGACAUAGAGAACGGAAGAAUGCAUCCAAAGGAAGUGAUGGGAAAAAUGGUUGCUUUGGUUCACAAAACACUGUUUGUUGUUCUUGCGGCAGUAAUUGGACGACAACUACGCCAACAACAGACAACUGGGCGAGUGUCGGGACCAUUAGUGCCGCCGCAGCCAUACAAAGGUAGAGCGAGAACUCCUUCACAUAUCCCAGGCCUUCAAGCGGGCAGAACGUACUCACCCGCAGCCCAUUCUCUCAACACUUUAGGUCCCGACGCCGACAAGAAGUUCGCGCAGUUUGCGGGCCAACACCCGCAUGAGUUUUACCCCCACCCGGCCCACAGAGAAAAUGCAGACAAAGAUAAGGAUAACGACAAGAACAAGGAGGAGGAGCCACGGCUGAGGUGCACCUGGCAUUGCUUCUGCAUUGCCAUCAAAGCCCUGAGCGGGGGUAUAGUGUUGCUCGUGUUGGGCACCGUCAUGUCGGUCGUGGGCUUCUUCGCCGAGCCCUUAGCCAUAGAACACGUGAAGUUAGAGAAUGGGACAGUAGUGCCUACCAUAGACCCCGACACCAAACAACACCUCCAUAACCUCACAUACGUGGGUCCAGUGAUCAUGGGUUUGGGCGGUAUAGUGAUAGUGGCCGCCUGUGUGCUCACCUUUGAAGUGAGGGACACCCUCGGCGUCAAAGUAGUGCCCGUCAAACCAGAGACUGCCGGCACGUUAGGCGCCUCCACAUCCCUGUCCAGUACUGUUAUCGCCAGAAAGUUGUCGUCCAUAACAAGCGAUUCGGUUGUCGGCAAAGGUCGUGCAAAUGCCGGCGCCCUUACACUUCCAUUAGCAACGAUAUCAUCGAAUAGUAAUGCAAUUGAGAGCACAAACAGCGGCAGAGUUCACGAGACUAUUCAAGAGACCGUCUUCUGUGACGGCGAACCCAUUCUCGGCUACUCAGCGCCCAAAACGGCUAAACCUCUUAGUGGUAAACCUAUUAGUGGUGGUCGCCAUCAGCAGCAG